UAUUUGUUCUUGUUUUUUUCUGUGAUGUAGAUUCUGCUACUUUUCUAAAAAUCCAGGAUGCGAUUCUUUCGUAUAAAAGAUUAGUAGAACAACUUAAAAGAAAAAAUACAAAAAUGGAAAAUAAGGUUAAUGGACUACAAAAGGAGCCAUCAGAAACAAAAGAAUUGAAAUCGCAGUUAGGGCAUCAAAAAGUGAAAUGGGAACAAGAACUUGGCCAUUUGAGAUUUACCUUAAAAUGUGAAAAAGAAAAAAGAAGAAAUGCUGAUAUAUUAUAUGAAAAAAUGAGGGAGCAAUUCAGAGAAAAAGAAGAGCAGUAUAAUAAAGAAGUCGAAAUGAAACAACAACUUGAACUUUCUCUUGGAACACUAGAUGUGGAAUUGAGGACUGUAAGAAAUAAUUUGGAUCAGGUUGUAGAAGAGCGAAAUGACGCUAAGUUACAACUUUCUGGAGAACAGAAUGCCAGAGUAUUACAAGAUGGAAUUCUAAAGAAUCAGCUUUGCAAACAAACGGAGAUGGAAGUGGCUAAUAACAGAAUGAAUUCUGGGAUUUCUAAUAGUCAUGAAAAAGAAGAAGAUCUGUUGCCUAAAACCCACAUGUGGCAGGAUGAAAUUGCCAUGCUAAGACUGGAUCGAGACACAAUAAACAAUAAGAACCAGGACAUGGAAAAGAAAUAUUGUGAAGGCAUUGAAAUUAUAAAAGAAAACAAUGUCAGUCUUCAAGAGAUCAUAAAACUGAAGGUGGAAACAUUAACAAAAACAAUAUUAGAAUAUAGUGGACAGAUUAAUGCUCUGACCACUGAGAAUACAAUGCUAAAGUCUAAACUGGAGAAUGAAAAGCAAAACAAAGACAGACUGGACGGAAAAGUUGAAUCUUACCGAGCUAGACUAGCUACUGCUAUAGAGGAUUAUGAUCAAAGCCAGGCAUCAAAAAGAGACCUAGAACUUGCUUUCCAGAGAGCAGAAGAUGAAUGGUUUCGUCUGCAGGACAAACUGAAGUUUGAUGUGUCUAACCUAAAAGAAAACAAUGAGCUUCUUUCUCAAAACCUUUCUAAAGCUGAAAGUAAAUUCAAUACUCUAGAAAUUGAGCUCCAUCACACAAGAGAUGCUCUCAGGGAAAAGACUUUGGCUUUAGAAUGUGUACAAAGAGACCUAAGUCAAACACAGUGUCAGAAAAAGGAAAUGAAACACAUGUAUCAAAAUGAACACGGAAAGCAGGAAUCCUUAGAGGAGAGAUUAUCUCAACUACAAAGUGAAAAUAUGUUGCUUCAACAGCAACUAGACGAUGCUCACAACAAAGCUGCCAGUAAAGAAAAUGUCGUAAUUAAUAUCCAAGACCAGUUUCAGGAUAUCAUAAAAAAACUUCAAGCUGAAAGUGAAAAACAAGGUCUUUGGCUGGAAGAAAGAAAUAAAGAGUUAAUCAAUGAAUGUAAUCUUUUAAAAGAAAGAAUGUAUCAGUAUGAAAAGGAGAAAGCAGAAAGAGAAGUAGCCGUGAGACACCUUCAGCUAGAACUGGCUGAUGCCCUAAAAAAACAGUCUAUGUCAGAGGCUUCACUGGAGGUUACAUCACGUUGCCGUAUUAAUUUAGAAGAUGAGACACAGGAUUUGAGGAAGAAAUUAGGUCAAAACAGACGUCAGGCUUGGAGUUGAAAAUGACAAGUUAGAAGUUACAGUCAAAAAACAAGCGGGCAAAAUUGAACAACUUCUGGAAAACCUGUUAAGUACAAGUUCGGUAAGUCAGUCUCU